AUGAUCGACGACGAGCUACGGAGGGAUCUGGGAGUGCAAGGCGAACAGCGACAGCUGAACAUCCAAUGGUUUGGAGGAAGUGGCAGCAGGGACCCCACCAACUUAGUGAGCCUGGAGAUAAGUGGAGCUGGGAAGCCCACUCGCCACCCGUUGAGGAACGUGUACGCCGUAUCGAGCUUGAGUCUGCCGAUGCAGACGUUAUGUCGACGAGAUGUCCAGGGCGUGCUUAAGGAUUCGCGACUGCCGAUGAAGCCCUACUGCAACGGGGUGCCGAAGUUGCUCAUCGGACUGGACCAUGGACAUUUGGGAUUGCCACUUAGGACGAGGCGGUUCGCCAGAGAGGGACCGUAUGCGGCCGCAACCGAGCUUGGAUGGGUUGAGUUUGGGCCGGUAAGUGGACAAUCAACUACGCCGUCACCGAGGUCCUGUCUUCUAGCCGUGUCAAUGGAUGAUACGAUGGAAAAGAUGGUGGAGGACUACUUUGAGAUGGAAAGCUUUGGUGUGAAGCUUGCGCCACCAGUUGCUGCCAGCGACGACGCGCGAGCCCAAAUGAUCCUCGAAGACACCACGGUGAAACCAAGGUUGGAGGAACCUCGUCAAAUUCGGCGCUACAAGCCCUUGCCAGCCGUGCUCUUCCACUUUAGGGAAGGAGCAGUCGAAGUCUGCGGGGACAUCAAGGAGAUGUUCCACCAGGUGCUGAUCCGACCCGAGGAUCGAUGUUCCCAACGAUUCCUUUGGAGAGAUGGUAACGACGAUCGAGACCUGGAUGUGUACGAGAUGAACAUCCGAGUCAAGGCCAUUAUCGACCACCAUUACGUCGAUGACUACGUGGACAGUUUCGCUCUGGAGAGCGAAGUUAUUGCGGUAUCUACCCGAGUAAAGGAGAUACAUGCGGAAUUAUGCCAGUUUUUAUCCAGCUCACCCAUCGUGAAAGUGGCGUUGGGACCACCUGGACAGGUCAAGAGUGUCGGAUGGGGUGAGGCCGAGCAGAAGAUCCUUGGAAUGCGUUGGCAGGUAGCAACGGAUGACUUCAGAUUCAACGUGGAGUAUCAUCGAGUGCCAAAAAGCGUUCUAAGUGGAGAUCGAGUCCCUACAAAGAGGGAGUAUUUGAGCCUGCUGAUGUCGACUUUCGACCCAUUGGGGUUCCUUUGCUGCCUGAAGAUUACAGCAAAGCUGUUGCUGCGGGAGAUUUGGAAGCAGAAGAUCCAGUGGGACGAACCACUGCCGGAGGAGAAAGCAGAGCCUUUGCUUCCUGACGCAGAGAGAUGGACGCCGUGGGACAGUUCCGAUGUCCUCGCCACUAUUUUGGGCUUGGAGCAGUUCGAACCAUUGAGUUGCAUGUGUUCGUGGAUGCAACCAGCAAGCGGCUGGCCAUCGCCUGAGAAGGGAACCGAGCAUGUUCCGGUUGCACCUGAUGAGGAGGAGAUGCCCAGUGAGUUUGCAUUGGUGGCAUCGAAUGAAUUUGUCAGCCCAUUCCAGAGAUUCUCGAGCUUCUGUCGCCUGGUGAGGACCACAGCCUGGGUCCUGAGGUUUGCGCGGCGGUGCCGCAAACAGAGAAGCGAGCUCGAGGAAUAUGGACUCACUGCAACGGAGUGUGAGGCCGCGGAGAACCUGUUAGUCAGGCAGGCCCUACUGGAAUCGUUUCCCGACGAGAUGAGGUCGGCGAAACGCGGGAAGGACGUCGCCACCUCGAGCGAGAUUCGAGGUCUGACACCUUACGUGGACGAAAAUGGACUUCUGCGAGUCUAUGGUAGAGUUGAUGCCGAGCUGUUCAUGCCGUACAGUGCGAGGAGGCCAGUGAUACUGUCACACAGGCAUAGUCUUACGGAGAUGGUAGUAAGACACUUCCACGACCAGAUGAAGCAUCAAAACGUGGAUGCGACGAUUGCUCAGAUUCGGACGAGAUUCUGGGUCAAGAAGAUGAGACGAUUGCUGAAGGAGGUCAUCUCGUCGUGCAACGAGUGCAAGUUGCAACGGACGCGGCCGAUGCCGCCAAUAAUGGGACCCCUUCCAGUGGAUCGCUUGAAAGCGGGAGGAUGGCCAUUCAAGUAUACUGGACUGGACUACUUUGGGCGACUGCUGGUGACUGUUGCCCGUCACAGAAAGAAGCGUUGGGUCGCCCUGUUCACGUGCUUGACGACGAGGGCGAUUCAGCUGCGAAAGCUGGCGCAUGACCUGUCAACGGAUUCCUGCAUAAUAGCGAUCAGGAACUUCGUCUGCCGUAGAGGACCAAUACGAAAACGCGAUUGGAGGCCAGACGAUUUGGAGAUGUUUUCGAGACGGAGAGGAUACAGAGGUGGAGUAUGGGAGCGGAUGGUGCAGUGCGUCAAGCGUGUGCUGCGCCAUACCCUGAAGGAAGUCGCGCCGAGGGACCUUGUGUUGGAGAGUCUCCUGAUGGAAGCGUAG